UUAAUAUUACACUACUCGUUUUCUCUCAAAACUCGACAUUAAUUAUCUGACAUCAAACAACCCAAGCUAUAACCUCAAGUCUCCUGUCCACACACAACAUGAGCUCAAACGACUCUUCAACAACCAGAACCCCUCCAUCCGAGUCACAGCUUCACCAAGCAUCUGCUCUCUCACCACAUCAACAGACUUUUACCCACUUCACCCGCCUCCCCCCAGAACUCCGCAACAAAAUCUGGCACCUCUCUCCCCCGGCCCCCACCUCAUCCACCUCACCACCCCCUCUCCACCCUCGCAUCAACAGUGGGGUUCGCUUGUCCUUCAGCAAAACAGCCUGUUUCCCCAUAUUUAAAUCAACCCACAUGCUUUCCAUCCGCCACGAAUCCCGCGCCAUCGCUCUCCCGCUCCACACCUUCGUCACGUACCUGCAUCCGCGGUAUCUUGUCCCUUUCUCCCGAGACGAAGAUAUAGUUGUCAUGGAUCUCUAGACCUUAAAGCCGUUC